AUGGAAAAUCCCGUCCUUUCCGGCCUGCGUUGUCUGCGAACCAGAACCAUUCUUCGAAACACCUCGAUCUCAAGAUGCUCAAACCUCCAUAGCUCUGCUCCCCGCGCUGCACAAAGUAUACGUUCAUACUCUACUCCCACAAUCAAUUCACCCCGCACACUCGCCCGAAGCACAGCUUCUUGCCCCUCAUCAUCUUUCGCCCGCCUUAGAUUCUACAGCAGCGAAUCCUCUCCAUCCACAAUCAAAGGUACCGUAGGCGAAGGUGCACAUAAACUCGAGGUACCAUCUCAUCUAGAUGAAGCAGAAAAGAAGAUUUGGGGUUUAUUAUACAACGAACUUGCGCCCACGAAACUGCAGGUGCAGGAUAUCAGUGGUGGAUGUGGAAGUAUGUAUGGGAUUGAGGUUGUUAGCGAAAAGUUUAGGGGUUUGAAUAUGUUGAAACAACAGAGAUUGGUUAAUAAGAUACUGGGGGAGGAGAUCAAGGGAUGGCACGGUGUACAGUUGAGGACUAGUGUGCCUUGA